ACACCUUCAACCUUACCAUUUACUAUUAAACAUUCCGAUAACAAUGCCCACCGAUGAUGAUGUGAGAUCAGUUGAAGCUAUAAUUGGCUAUGUGUUUGCUUCGAAAGACUGGAUCCGUCGGGCCUUACAGGCAGCAGGGGCAGAUGAGGAUAACUAUGAUGGCUGUAGAUCUCUAUCUAUGGCUGGAAUCAAACUGCUUGAGAUGUUCACAACUAUUCCCCUUUGUGAAAAAGGUGUCAAUCGAGAAUGGAUCCAUAAUACAACAAAAGAAUUCAUGAACAAAAAUCACUUUGCAAGGGUCGCUAAACGCACUGGCAUCGCUAACUUCAUCUCAUAUAAUAAACGUACCAGUCCUGAUUCUCCGGCAGUUCUUCGCAAAGUGGUCACUGCAAUCAUUGGGGCGGUGUUUAUCGACAGGUGGGAUUUCAUGACAACGUUUGUCAUAGCUUUGCGCAUUCUUAUAGAUAAAAAGACCACGAUCACCUCUACGACGAGCGACUGGUCCUUGAUCUCUCAUGCGGAGUCGAUCACAUGUUUCUUGGAUUCACUGAUAUCCUCAAGGCUUGCAACGACCAUACCUGCACAGCCCGUUCCUAGUUUUCCCCUCAAUCCAACAACAUCCUUCACUUCAGAUGCCCAAAUCAUGCAGUGUUUCAAUAAUAAUCUUGACGAUACGAUUUGGGCUUGUCCAGAAGGCUUAGGAAGCUCCUACCCGCUGCACGGCAAUGACCAAUUCAAUCCAUUGGAGCUGGUGCCAUAUGCAAAUGACCAAGACAUAUAUACCGAUUCUUUUGAUCCUUGGAGUUUUGGGCACGCCGGAAACAAUGGGCUAGAUUUCCAAUCAAUCUUACAGACAGAAAUGGUAGACGAGAACCAGGUUGCGGAAAGUUUUGACUUAUCAACCCCCGGCAGCCUAAAUACUCCCAAUGAUCCGGUAACGGUGGGCGAUCCGUGCUCGAAUACAGGUGUUAACCAGCUUCCUGGGCGGUCCAAGAGACCAAGAGCACCGACUUCUGCUAAUGACGCAGACACUCGCAGGCGAAGAAAACGCACCCACGACCAGUGUGAUCAAAUCGAACAGUAUCCAGGCCAUUCGGCUCUAGAGGACUCAUCCUUGGCACUGGAUAUACAGGAUAAACGAAAGAUAUCCGAAAUGAGAUUUUCAAUUGCGCUUCUCAACGCUUUGAUCACUGCUGCCAGCCCUGAGUCUAUCCUCGCUUUGCAGAAGGUGCUCCGCGAAGCACGCCGUGAUACAGGAUAUCGACAGCGUCCUUUGAGCGAGCUGACCCAGAAGCAGAAAUUUGAUUUCAUCAAGCAAUGCGAUAGCGAGGUUGCUACUAUCAAGCUUUUCCAAGCCUACUUGAUCCUUGAUUUAUUUAAAAAGAAUGGUGGAUCCGAAGCAACAUCUGUGAGUGGCUAUGUCCACAGCACGCCUUCCACAUUGCCACACAGGUCAACAAGAAGCGGCAAUCCACAGAACCACGAUGACGCGGCGAUUGCACAGGCCAUGAUGGGUGAAAUAUUCCCAGCUAUGCAACAAGGUACGGAUGAAUAUAAAAAAAGAAUUAGGGAAUUCAAGACCCUAAGAACAAUCGCAAAACGGCUUUAUAUCAUGGAGCAGAAGUUUGGUCCGGGUGUUUUUGGGCUCAUGCUGGACGUGAGACUGUCAACAUCUUCUGAUGUGUUUAACCUAGACACGAUGUUCCGCCGCCCAAAGAACGAAGAGUUUAAACUAUUCGUUGAUCUUCUCGAGAAAUCGAAGGGCCAGUUGCUCCGUGACUGGGGCCGUAUGGUUAACCCCGCAAUAGAGGCCAUGCUCCAAGGCACAUUGCAUCUAAAUGAAGAAUACAUCAUAGAAAAGCUUGACGCUACAAUAGUGCAGGAGGAAAGGGAUCAUCAUUUGCUUUCUUAUGUUUCCUAAGUUCUGUGUAUGUGAUGGACAUACAAACAUUUUCGGUUUAUUAUCAAGUUACUCUUAGUUAAACUAAUGUGUGGAACAAGAAAUAUUGAUUUCAAUUUUUUUGCAA